AUGGGAAAGGUCAAACGUCCGGCUAGAAAGCAUUCGAAUCACCAUGACAGUCCCCAAAAUAGCAGAAGUGCAGUUGUGAGACGUCAGCAUAGCCAGAAGCAAGCGUUGCCGGCGAAGAAUGCGCAAGAAUUUAAAAGCAGAGGCGCUCCACUUCGGCCAAAGAUCCCAUUCACGAAGCAUGAUAAUAUCCUGCUCUUGGGUGAAGGGAACUUCUCGUUCACCUUGGCCCUAAAGCUUCACCAUAAGUUUUAUCAUGUCAUCUCGACUUGUUUCGACACAAGGGAAACUCUCCACACAAAAUAUCCAGACAUCGCUGGGACGCUUUCGCAGAUUGAUCCCGAGUACCUGGACAUGUGCGAUGGGCUUCCCACAUCGCAAGUCCCCGAGAAUGAAUGGAAAGGCUUUUCCCCGUCACCGUCACCCUCAAACAAGACCGCAAGGAAAAUCGAUGUUCUGUACGGGAUUGAUGCAACGAAGCUUUCAUCGGCACACAAGAAAAUGUUACGAGAAUCUACUCCUUUCACGAAGAUUGUCUUCAAUUUUCCACAUGUUGGAGGGUUAAGCACAGAUGUGAACCGUCAGGUACGCCACAACCAGGAACUGCUGGUUGGAUUCUUCAAAGCAGCCAAGGAUCUGUUGUCGUCCCCUGAGAGGCCAGCACGAGUCAACUCGCAAUCCGAGGUCUACAAAAGUGACGAGGAGUAUUUGUCAGACGACAUGACUAAUUCGCCUCGUUCCAACGCAGGAGCUGUGAAUGGGCAGGUCCUCGUGACGAUUUUUGAGGGUGAACCAUAUACUCUGUGGAACAUCCGAGACUUGGCAAGACACUGCGGAUUUAAAGUGGUUGAGAGCUUCAAAUUUCCCUGGUCUGCUUAUCCGGGAUAUCAGCAUGCUAGAACUAUUGGCGAUAUCACCAGUGGACAUGCUCGAAACGAAGAUGGCAAGCGGAAAGGGGCAUGGAGAGGGGAAGAAAGGGAUGCUAGGUGUUAUGUGCUUGAGGACAAAGAUGCGGUACCCCACGUUGGCCAUGCAAAAGCAAGCAAGAGGAAGCGUAAUGAGAAAGACGAUGACAGUGAAUAG